AUGGACUCCAAAUACUACGAUCUCGACAUACCUCGCAAAACUGUCUCACCUGAGCUCAUCGCCCGUCUUCUUGAUUGCGAAUAUCUCUACAUAUGCAUCAACACCACGGUUAGCGUCGACGAAUUUAAUUUCAAAGACAAAAAGAAGUCUGCAAAAGAAGGUAGACAGCAGAUGCGUGCCUCACUCAUUGAAAAGCUGACUCCGCUUACUGUUUCGGAGCUUACAAACCUUCUCGAACAGGGUGAACAAUUUCGCUCGUCUUCAUCCUCUAAGCUACCUGCACUAACCCCACCACGUCUUUUUAACCGUCUUACGCUUGCCUGUGUGGACACUGAUAUAGCUGGUCUUUUUUUCAAAGAAUUCGCUGACAGUAUUCGUAAAUUUGACGUUGUCGCCUUUGAACCAAUGUCUUCAGCUGCUCUUACCUAUGUAAUUGAAACACUUGCUUCGCUCCCUAUUGAUUUAAUUACGGUCAACCCAGUUCAUUCAUUCUCCAGUGAUUUUCGACCCACAGGCAAGCAGUGUAACCAGUGCCUCCGACGAGGCGUUUAUCUUGAUCUUCCCCUUUCCCCCUCCCUUUUCCGCUCAGGUGCUUCGUCUUCCACGCGGUUAGCUCUAGCCGCAUUGUUAACGCACCUGGACUCGGUAUGUCGAUUCCAUUUCUCACGCCUCGUCGUAGUUACCAGUGGAGCGCAGACAGGGUGGGAGGUACGACGCCCCCAAGCCGUGGCCUCGGUGCUCUGUGCCAUCUGUCCAACAGUUGCAAGAGGAAGCGCUUCUUUGGUCAUGCAGCAAACCAACCCCUGGCAGGCACUUUCUCAUGGUCUGACGCGGUGCGAAUCAAAAACGUCUCAUGGGGCCGCGAUCCUCUUGCGUCUUCUUGCUGAUCCCUCAGUCAUUGAAGUGGUUCAGACUUCUGCAUUAAAUGAAGCCGAUUUGGACAAAAAAAAGGCCCCAUUACCGUGUGUGACUGCCGCACAUCGAUCCAGCACAACGGAGGAAACAAAUAUCACUUCUCCGAAAAAGAGGAAAAGGAAAAUGGAAUCAUCAUGA